CGCUUGAAUAGAAACACGAAGCCCUUGAUCUACUUUUCGUUCAGAAAUAAGUUGCUGGACAGAUCAGCGUUGCAAGAGAGCACAAUUCUUCUUCUGUGCACCAUCCCUAUGGGUCAGGAAAUUUCUCAUCAAAAAGAAGCUAGAGAUGACAUGCAAGACGAUAAUAUAGAAGAUCGUACGUCUAUUUCCCAGCUUCUCAGAGAGAACUACUUAGCUGAAUCUAUUAUACAUCACAACAGUGAACAAAGCUCGACUAUCUCCUCCUCCCACUCAUAUCAUCAUAGCCUCUGCUCUGCCAAAGUUGAUGAGUUAGGAGGAGGAACAGAUGACUUUUCUGAUCUUUCUGCUUUUCUGAGCCAGGAGGAAUUAGACCAAAGUGUACAUUUGGCACGACAAUCAAUUGACCAGGAUGGACAACAAAAAGAGGCGCAGUCUAUUCUUAAAUGCCCUCCCAGAGAACUGAAAAAACAAGCCAAAGAUUCUGUACGAUCAUCACUUCCCACUCCAAACAACCCACCACUUACUGACCAACAACAAAACUUCCGCCAAGAACAUGUCCUAAAAGGUAGACGGAACUCAGCAGACGACACUAAGGAUACGAAAAAGCAACAGAGAAUAAAUCCUUACGGAACCGAGUCGGAGUCUAAGAAAGAGUUUCUAAAUAAAGCAGCAGAUUUCAUAGAAGAGCUAUCUUCCUUAUUUAAAGCCAACAGCUCCAAGCGGAUCAGACCUAAAACAUUAAAAAAUCGAAGAAGCAAACGCGAUUUAAAAAGCGGAACUCUUGAAGAAGACAUCUCCAAUUACACCAGUCAGUCAGAAAAUCGAGAGAGGCCCCUCUGUCCUCCAGUAGAGACAGAAAUAGAUGCUACUGUCUGUGAAGAUCCAGAGAGUUUGGAAGCCGUAGGACCAGAAAUUGAAAAGGAGGUUUCAGAAGGUGAAACCAACACCGGUUCCUCUUUUUAUUUAGAGGAAACUAUUGGGCAGCCUCCAAAUUUUAUUCAGAAAUUAAAAAGUAGGGAAAUUACUGAAGGAAGUAGAGUACAACUGGACUGCAUUGUGGUUGGAAUCCCAGCACCUGAAGUAAGGUGGUACUGUGAAGGAAAAGAACUUGAAAAUUCUCCAUAUAUCCAAAUCCAGAGAACAGGAGAUGUGAACACCUUAGUUAUUACGGAAGCUUUUGAAGAAGAUACAGGACGUUACUCUUGCUUUGCAUCCAAUAUUUAUGGAACAGACUCAUCAUCUGCAGAGAUAUAUGUAGAAGGUGCGUCCUCAUCGGAAUCUGAAGGUGAAACCAUCAAGACUGACAUGGAUCAGUCACAAAGUGAAAAUUUGGCAGAAGAAGUAUCGAAACCUGAAGGCCUUCAAGAAAUAAAUGUUCCAAUAACUGUUUUACAGCACACGCAGCCAACAGUUACACAACCGAGUUCCACUACAUAUCUACAAGGGCUGGACGGAAGACCAUUAAUGGCUGCUCCGGUUUUUACAAAGUCAUUGCAAGACAUAACGUCAUCUGAGGGUCAACUGGUUGUAUUUGAGAGUCGAGUUAAGGGGUCUCCUUCUCCAAAGGUUGAUUGGUACAGAGAAGGAACAUUGAUUGAAGAUUCACCAGAUUUUCGGAUUUUACAGAAAAAACCUCGAUCUAUGGCUGAACCUGAAGAGAUCUGCACUUUAGUUAUUGCAGAAGUCUUCUCUGAAGAUUCUGGCAUGUUUACAUGUACAGCAAGCAACAAGUAUGGCACCACUUCUAGCAUUGCCUAUCUGACUGUGAAAGACUCCAAUGAAAAUCCCAUUAAAACACUAACCAUAAGCACAAUCAACAUAGAUGCCUUUAAAAGGGAACCUCUGCCCUCCACACCUCCACCAGUUCUAAUGGAAGCACCUCGAAAGAUUAAACUAGAGGGGGUUCUAGUGAACCACAAUGAGCCAAGGCCGAGCUCGAAAUUGCCUGAGAGUUCAUUUAACUUACCUGACGAUGACAAAGGAAGCGAAUCAUCGUCUGAAGAAACUGUCCUGCUCGGAAGGCACUAUGGAUCAAAUAACCAGGAUAUGUUAAAUGGUCAAUCGUACUCAGUAUUAUCUGGGUGUAUGAAGGAGCCUCCGCCAGUAUUCGCAAAGCCAAAACUAGAUGCUUUGAAACUACAACAGCUUCAUAACCAAGUAAUGAAUGAGCAGCAAGUUCAGCCAUCAGCUCCUAAUGUUGUGGCAAGAGAUGUUGUGUCAAGCCCAGCCAUUCAGAAUUCAUCUACUGCUGGCCAUCCUUACAUGUUUCCUCGCCCCCAUCAUUUCUUUACAAGCUUUGACUCUGUAAAUACAUACCCAGUUUCUCCGACAAGACCAUGGGCAGCAAGCACGCAAAGUGCUUCCAAUACUUCAUCUGUUGUUUUAUCGCCUUCAGCCUCCUCUAUACAACCUCAAUCCAUAUUUCCUUCAGCAUCUCCUAUACAGCCCAACUGGAACCAAUUCCAAGCACAAACUGUACCACCAUCUCCUAUUUCUCCACCACGGAUACAGAAUCCUGUUGCAUUUCUAAGUUCUGUUCUUCCUUCACUACCAUCUACUCCUAAUGCAACAAACUCAAUGGGUCUACCAAAAAGUGCCACCAUAUCCUUUGCUGGAUCUCCAAAGAAAAAUUCAAAAUCAGCUUGGUUUAGUUCACAGGAUCAAAUACAAGAAAGCAAGAAUCAAGUUGUGCGGGAAUUAGAAAAUAAGCUGUCACUGAGAGAUGAUGCACCUGUACUCCGGCAGCAGGAAUACAAGAUAUCCAGUUUUGAGCAGAGGUUGAUGAAUGAGAUAGAGUUCCGCUUGGAGCGUACCCCUGUUGAUGAAUCUGAUGAUGAGGUCCAACAUGACGAGAUCCCCACAGGAAAGUGCAUUGCACCAAUUAUUGAUCGUAGACUCAAACAUUUCCGUGUCACAGAAGGAGCAUCGAUCACAUUCACGUGUAAAGUCGUCGGGAUACCUGUACCUAAGGUUUAUUGGUUUAAAGACGGAAAGCAGAUUUCGAAGAAGAAUGAGCAUUGUAAGAUGAAGAGAGAAGCAGAUGGAACGUGCUUAUUACAUAUCGAAUAUGCCACCAAUGAUGACGAUGGAAAUUACACAAUUAUGGCUGCAAAUCCACAGGGAAAAAUCAGCUGUUCUGGACAUUUACUUGUGCAGUCAAAACCGCUGCGUCCACGCUCUAUUCCUACUGUGCUCUCUCAUAGAGUGAGACCUCGCUUGGCAGAUGUGGAGAGUGAAUCGGUACAGGAGAGGUUCUUCCGGCCGUACUUCCUCCAAGCUCCUGGAGACAUGGUGGCACAUGAAGGGCGCUUGUGCAGGUUGGACUGUAAGGUCAGUGGUCUGCCUACACCAGACAUCAUGUGGCUUCUCAAUGGAAUACCCGUUACCCCUGACGUCACCCACAAAAUGCUGGUCAGAGAGAAUGGAGUCCACUCACUCCUUAUCGACCCCCUUUCACAAGCUGAUGCCGGGACCUACACUUGCAUUGCUACAAAUAAAACAGGACAAAAUUCAUUUAGCUUGGAGCUUACUGUGAUGGCAAAAGAAGUGAAGAAGGCUCCCAUAUUUUUGGAGAAGUUGCAGAACUGCGGUGUACCAGAGGGUCACCCAGUCCGGUUGGAAAGCCGAAUUGUUGGGAUGCCUCCUCCAGUUUUCUACUGGAAGAAAGACAAUGAUUCCAUUCCAGCCCACAAGCCAAGAAUAAGUAUGCAUCAGGACACCACAGGAUACGUGUGUCUCCUAAUCCAGCCAGCCAAGAAAGAAGACGCCGGAUGGUAUACAUUGUCAGCGAAGAAUGAGGCCGGAAUUGUAUCCUGUACAGCUAGACUUGACAUAUACGCUCAGUGGCACCAGCAAAUCCCUCAGCCGAUUAAAAAGAUUCGACCUUCUCCUUCUCGCUACUCAACAUUCUCUUCUCCGAGCUUGGAUAUUCUCAACUCGUACCCGGAAACGCCACUGAGUUUUUUGUCACACGCUCGUGAUGUGGUGGAAAGCGAGGAGCUGUAAAUUCAACGUGGUUACAGUAAAAACAAAACUGUGAAGAAAUUAAUGCUGGAAAGUUUACAAAUAAUUUUUCUUUUUUUUAUAACCUAUUUAGUUUUCUGCCCAUGUCAGAUAGUAACGAUGUGGAAAGUAUUUAAACUUUUUAUGGAAGAAUGAGCCGGGUAGGCCCCACAGCCCAGCCAAAUAAUGAAAAGGGGUUAGAGCGUAUUUGCCAUUUGUAUAACUUGUGCGCACCAGUAAUACACACAGAUUUGGGUAGCUGUGUCACUGACAGUGUGAUCUGUUUGAUCUGUAGGAUCCUAUUUAAUUAUUUAUGUUCUUAGACAGUAUAACGAUCAAUAGACGUUCUAUUAAUAUUAAACUGUGUAUCAUUUGUAUUUACCGGAUUCACUGUUCUGUAGUGAGACUCACACUGUAGUAUUUAAAUCCUUCAAAUUUUGUCCGUAUUGAGAGGAAACGUAGAAUUAUAUGGAAUAAAGAGAUACCGUAACAUAGUGCAAUA